AUGCAGCCGUCGGUGCGGCGAUACAAGAGCAAGGCCCAGAGGCCGUGCGACUUCUGCCGCCAGCGCCGUGCCGCCUGCCGCAUCGUCGAGGCGGCCCCUUGCGAGCUCUGCAAGGCUUACCGCCGCGACUGCACAUUCGUCCACGCUCCUCCGCCCCGUCGCCGGGUACCGGGUCCCGACGGAGCCGGCGAGCCAGCCCGUAUCAGCCCGGGCAUUACUGGGCCGGGGCCGGUGCGCGGUACAGCGGCGGCGACGGCGGCGAAUCUAGCAGGAACGGAGUCGCACAACCUGGUUACAAAUAUGCAGGGUCCUCCUGUUUUAUCACACGAUAUGGGGGCUGCUUUCGAAUCUUUGGAUCGCUAUCAACAUGCCGUAGCGAGUCACCAAACUCAAGGUGCUCUUGAUAGCGACCUUGAGGGCUACCAGUUCGAACCCCUGUACGACUUCCUGACUUCUGGCCCUGUUGAGGCGCACGGCGGUCUCCCCCAUCUCGGAGAGCUCGACAACACACAAAGUACGCGUGAGGAGCUAGGCCCGCAAGCUGCCAACAUCUCUCCAGGUAUAUGGCCGGGGAGCCCUCCCGCGGUCGCGGAUGUAGAUCAUGGCGUCCUGAUCGGUCCCACAGAUCCAAUGGAUCCUCAUGUCAUGCGGGAAUAUUAUUACGACGGCCUGGGGCAGAUGCCGUUCAAGAGAUUGACAGUCAGAUCUGUCGUUGGGGGCACUGACCCUGUGCAAUUCCUGAUAACCCACGACAGUGCUCGGGAGCUCAGUCUCCGACACGAAGAGAGGAGAGCCGAGCUUUCAACCAUCAUCGCACCGGACGUCGGUGCGCGACUGCUCUCCUUAUACUACCGCUUCAUCUCUCCACAGUUUCCAAUCCUAGCAUUCGAGCCCCAGCCCACCAUCGAAGAUCUGUCCCCAGACGUGCUUGCUGCAGUCUACCUUCUGAGUUUGGACUUCUCUACUUUCGACGACGUCCUGUGCAUUCAGACCGUCUACGAGGAGCAGCACCGCAGAGAGCUGAGGGACUUCGCCAUGGUGUGUCUGCGAGAACAAGAGAGUCGGCCGACUUUGAGCUCAGUCCAGUGUGCACUCCUACUUCUCCUUGCCCCGCCAGAUGACUACCUCAUGCCGAACAACGAGCGAGCGUCAAUCCUAGCAAGCAUGAUGGUAUCCAUGUCCAACGCUUUGGGGUUGCAGUACGAUCCGGCAGGCUGGAACCUCUCGGCGGCCGACAAGGCGUUACGUCGCCGGAUAUCAUGCCUCGUGUUGAUGAGUGAUGUCUGGGUUGCGGCAGUCACCGGCCGGCCCCUGCUGAUUUCGCUUGACAACUGGCUCGUGGACCGCCUUUCCGUCGAGGAUCUAGAAAGCAGCGGUAACGAUGCACACAAAAUGCAGGACGUAGUGCGACUCGUCGAGCUGAGCAAUAUUCUCAGAUGUAUCCUGCGUGAUCUUUUCUCUUUGCAAAACUCACAGCGGCUGAGCACGAACCUUCCAGAUACUCUUCGCGUGGCGCAGCCGCUCAUGGAACAGAUCACCGAGUGGUACUCGCACACCAUCGCCAACAAGGACACUGGCCUUCGCGAUGCUCGGGACAAAACAAGCAGUUUCCUGGAACUGGGCUACCAUAUCACCAGAGCGAUUAUUUUCAGGGCCAUCAUGCGCCCACUACACAAUGGCACGCUUCACCACAACCACGACGUGCCCAUGAACGGAACCACAAUGAUCCCCGCUGGGAGCGCCGAGCAGAACGGCUCAAUGCGCGUAGAUGGUGGGAACGGGGGGAAGGAACAAGUGCGUAUUGGUGCCAUGGCCUGUGCCAGGGCAUUCACGGCUUACAUCGAAGGGUUAAGUCUGGACGACUUCCAAUCAUUCUGGCCAUUCUGGUCAAUAGCCGGCUUCGCGUUCCACUCCCAACUCUGGCUCACACUCCUCCUUUUGGCCCCAACACCAGCCGAGGCCGCAGAGUGUUAUACGUGGAACAGCCGCGUCCGGGAACUGCUGCGCACGCGGGCGCGCUCGUUCGCCCCGCUCCGCCUGGCCCUGCUGCGCGCCGACAGCAUCUGGUGGCGCGGGCUUGAGAGCACGGUGCGGCUCAGCCCUGUUGUCGCUGAGGGCAUCGUGCUGGCGGGUGGCGGUGGCGGCGGCGGCGGCGCAACGGGGACAGGCGGCCUUGGGCGAGGACUGUCUUGA